AUGUGUGAACCAAAAUCAAAUUUUGAAAAUAUAACCACUUUGCAUGGCACGCAGCAGUUUACUUGGAUGAAAGGUCGUAGCUUGAGAAUAUGGACAGUUAUUAUGGUCACAAACGUGCUAGCAACUGUCGGAUAUUUGUAUGUUAUAAGCGGUACAUACAAAAACGAUCAAAUUAUAACCAGGAUUAAUGCAAAUUGCAAAGUAAAUCAAGUGCCAUUCCCCGCCGUCAGCAUAUGCAACUUCAAUUUGGUUUCGCUAAAACAAACUAAAACGAUUACUAAAAUUUUAAUAAACAACAACCGAACGCAAGCAGAAAUAGAAGAGUUCUACCGCAGUAUUCCGGAAUUGACUAAUUUUGGCAAAUCGAUCAGUAAAUUGAGGAAUUUCACACAAAUUAUGGCAAUAUUGAAGCGACACUAUUUCACUGUUGAAACUAUAAUGGAAGAGGUACACCAGACAUGUGAGGAUCUGCUUAUACACUGCACCUUCAACCGGAGUCCAAAGAGCUGUAGCGAGAUGUUUAAUCUGAUAAAGACUUACGACGGUCACUGCUGCACUUUCAACUAUGCGGCACUCGACGAGGGAAACCUAGAUGAUAUCACAGACGAUGAAGACGUAGAGUACUAUGUAGACCCCAGCGGUAUUGAUCUAAAGACAAGUGGUAUGGUCGUCACGUCUGAGUCUGGCAGAGGAUCAGGGUUAAGUGUAGUUUUCAACGUGGAGCCUAGUAACUACCCAAACUGGUCUAUGACACCUUACCAUGGAGCCAAGAUCCUCAUCACAGAUCCAACAGACUACCCAGAAAUAACUGUGCUAUACAAAUACGUUAUAAUUGGUGAAUCUUUAGACAUCAAAGUUGAACCGAAGAUAUUUCAAAGCGACGAUGAUAUCCGUCGAAUGCCUGUGGAGAAGAGAGCGUGUAUAUUCCACGACGAAUCAGCUUUAGUGCACUCUUAUAGAUACAGCACUGAGACGUGCGAAACCGAGUGCAAGAUGAAGAACUAUGCAGACCAUUGCGGAUGUAUACCUUACAAGUACCCCAGUGAUAAGACGUCACGUAUUUGUGAUUUCGAGGACUUACCGUGCCUUAAUAAUUUGAGAGCUGACAGAACUGGUGUACGGAAGACAUGCAAUCCUGUUUGCUAUAUAGAGUGCAGAGACAAGAAAUACAGUAUAACAAGUGACGUCAUGCCCCUUUUAGCAGACUUCUACCCACCGAAUGUGACAAAGGAUCGUAACCUCAGCGAGCUGUCUUCGCUGCAAGUGUACUUCGCAAAAUCUACCUGCAACUGCUACGACAGGAUGCUCUUGAUUGACUUCAAUUAUUUUGUAGCCACAUAUGGGGGUGUGUUUUCGCUGAGUUUCGGAGCCUCCAUUAUUACGUCUCUCGAAUUAAUGUACUUACUCCUAUCGAUGUUAUUCAAGGUGAUAUGGAGAUCUUUGAUUAAGUCAAAUAAAGUCGAUACGAAUUUUGAGAUGUCUACUCCAUAA